GUUGCGGCAUUGUGGGCGGAGCCUCCCGGGCGGGACUCGGCAGAGAAAGAGCCGAGGCAGCAGCGGACACGGUCGGACACCCUGCCCCCCCUCCCCCCGGCCUCCUCCUCGUCUCCAUCUCGCGCCUCGCGGCUGUUUGUUUUUCCCUCCCAAAUGGCAACGCCCCCGGGCCGCCACCUCAACAGCAACAGCAACAAUAACAACAACAACAACAACAACAAGGACAGCGAGUCGGGAGAGAGCGCGACGUCCGCCACGGCCAGCGCGACUGAGCCCGGCGGGAAGGCGUCGCAGAGCCUCGGCAACGGCUCGGUCAUCAACCCCCGCGCGGGGAGCAACGGCAAGUGGGUCCGGCUGAACGUCGGGGGCACCGUGUUCCUCACCACGAGGCAGACCCUCCUCAAGGAGCAGACCUCCUUCCUGUACCGGCUGUGCCAACAGCAGGACCUGCACUCGGACACGGAUGACUCCGGAGCCUAUGUGAUCGACAGAGACCCCACCUACUUCGGCCCCAUCCUCAACUACUUGCGGCAUGGCAAGCUGGUCUACAACAAGGAGCUGGCCGAAGAAGGUGUUCUGGAGGAGGCCGAGUUCUACAACAUCACCCCACUGAUCAAACUGAUCAAGGAGAGGAUCGUGGAGAGGGACUCCAGAGCCACGCAGCAGGUGCCCCCCAAGCACGUGUACCGCGUGUUGCAGUGCCAGGAGGAGGAGCUCACCCAGAUGGUCUCCACCAUGUCAGACGGCUGGAAGUUUGAGCAGGUCAGCGUGCGCGCCUGCAGAAAGCCCCGCACCGGACUGCUCUGGACUAUGGUGAACAUCGGCUCGUCCUACAGCUACGGGACGGAGGACCAGGCCGAGUUUCUGUGCGUCGUGUCCAAGGAGCUUCACACCCCGGGAUCCGGUCUGGCCACCGAGCAGAGCCACAAAACCAAGCCGCCCGAGGUGCAGGAAGAAGAAGCCGCUAAGGAGGAGGAGGAAGAGGAGGAGGGAGGAAGAGAAGGAGGAGGAGGAGGAGGAGGAGGAGAAACCACGCCAAAUGAGUGGCUUAGGCAAUGAGGGAGUCAUGUUUCUUUGUUCCAAAGAGAGGCAGAAUGGCUUUUCCAGAUCCACGGAUCCCGGAUGUAGAAACUCUAAGAAUUUUCUUCUCGGGCCUAUGACGACUGUGUAUGUGUGUGUCAAUGGACAUUCAUCGAAACAGAAGUGUAGCGUUCAUUGACAGCUUAACUGCUUAGAAACAUUACAAAACUACCAAAAAGAGAAAAAAAAUAUAGAAAUUCCUCUCCAACAUCUUCAAAAAUGUUUUUCAGUGGAACUAGUAGUUCCAUCAGUACAAUGAAACAUGUGUGGGUGUCGUAUUGCCAAAGGGCAGUAGUGUAGCUUAGUAAAUUAUAACCAAAGAUCCAGAUGAGGAACCACGGUGCUGCAGCCCCGUGAUGAAGGGUCACGUCUGUGCGCUGCAUCUUUGGAUCGUUACGUGUCAUCACCCCCCCCCCCCCCCCCCCCCAGGAGGUCUCCAGCCUGCUAACCGCUAACGUUUAGGGUCGUUAAGCUCGUGGGAAAUGCUGACGUUUCAUUAUCGGUCUCUGUCAGUGGGACGAUGGGUGAACACUGGUUUCAUCUCAUUGUGACCUCACACAAAGGCUUGUUUUCGCAUGUGUUUAGCGGCGGCCUUGAGUGGGAGUCCGUGCGUCGGGUUGUUUGCUCCGAGUGUGGGUUAAAACGCGCAGAGGGUUACAUCUCAUGGGGUAACAUGUCAGCGUAGCUGUGUGUCGGCACACAGGCGUCACUCACAAAGGUCUCACCUGGCUGCAGACCGAGCUCAAAGGGGAGCAUGAGGACGAGAGGUUGAGACAGCAGGGGGCGCAUCUCAGUCCUUAGUGAUCUACGCCCCGUGAGAAAAGGGAAGAGCAGCAGAUCUGCCGCAGUGCAGGUGGAAGGUGGAACAGCGUCCCGAGGAGCAGGCGGGUCACACGUGACUCCUAACCGCCUCUAGUGGCGACCUGGAGGAACUGCACCACGGAUCAAGCGUGUGGCUCGCAAACCCCUGGCUGUUUAUAUGUGAUGCUGUGUCAUGAAACGAUUCAACUAAUACGCAAACAGCCCGGAGCACAUCGUCGUGUCGUAGCUCAUCAGAAAUCGUUCAACCAAAUAAACUCAAAUGUUUGAGGUGAUCUGCAGUGCGACGUGUCUAACCCCACAUUCAAGUCAGAUGCAUAAGAGCCAACAGCCGUCCAGAUAGGACGGCUAGCAGCAUCCCAACAUCCCCUCUGAUGGACUGAAACCUGCCCGGUAACACCACUCAAAACGUGUGGCAGGAUGACGUCAUCGUGGCUUUUUCUGUUUUUAUGGAAUUAGUAGACUUGAAGAACAAUACGAUAUAUGUGACUUUGUCCUUUUAAUGUUUACAAACACAGCUGACUAAGAUUUCCACACUGACCCCCCCCCCCCCCCCCCCCCCCUUAUCAAACUACACCUGUUCUAUACAGCCAUCGAGCAGUUUGAGUUACAACUUGAGACAAUCAAGAAUAAAGAUCAUAGUCUCAUAGAGACUUUUUUUAUGAUAAUCAAAUCUGAGGGUAAAUACAGCAUUGAGUGUUGGAGUGCGCAUGCUUUGGGUUAAAGUGUGAAAUAGAAAGCGUUCAAGGCUCUUUGCAAUAAACACCUCGUCAUGAGCAGCGUCCAGUCGAUGUCAGGCUAGUGGCGUCCCACGCCAAGCUCCCGCUGAGGUCACGCAGGAGCCGUCAGACGAGCGCCAUCGCGUGCUUUUUAACUGGCUGCUUUCAUUUUGAAUUUGAGAGUUCGGUGUUUGUGAGCGUUUCUUCCAGUUUGUUUGUUCGUUCUGAGGACCUUAUUUCACAUCAAGUGUAGAGACAGAGAAGGUGAAGCUGGUUUCACGCAUCUCUAGAAGCCUGAAGCUGUUUUGUAUAAGAAUUCAUGCCUUUUUCAUUUAUUUUUUUUUACUUUCAGUUGUCUAAUUUAUUUUUCCCGUUUCUUUUUGAAUGUUACACUGUAAAAAAAAUGUGUGGGAACGGGGAUUUUUGUUGUGUUUUCUAGUGGACUUUUAUUUUUUAAAGUAUGUACUAUUAUAUUAUUUAAUUGUUCUUAAUACGCUAGUUUGGGGGUUUCAGUUCACUAAGCUGAAUGAUUAUGUUUUGAUUAAUGAUUCGGUUUGAUUUGCAUGUCCAGUUUCUGCUGUACAAAAGCCUGCGUUCACUUUAUAUUUGACGUGUAAAGUCGACUCAGUUCUUCUGUCGUCAUUCCGUGGAGAAAAAACAUCUUUCAGGCAGCUGUGUUUCUGUUCUUCUGCUGCAUGGAGCCUCAUUGGGACGCACGCCGUGUUACCUUUUACUUUCAUUUUGUUUUUUCACCUGAACAAUACAAUACAACGUUUUCCACAAGGUGACAGAAGGGGAAUUUUUUCUUGUGUUUAAUAUAAAUGAAUGUCACCAAUCUAAAAAAAAAUAAAAUAAAAUCUUUGCCCUUUUGUUUUAA